AUGGCGAAACACGAAGUAGCGUUAUUGCUCGUCCUGCUGAUCGUUCUGAACGACGUGAUCUACAAUGGACUCGCGGUACGCCAGGCGAACAAUCCCACCUUAUUCAAGAUCGGCGGCGUAUUGUCGAAUGAGGAGAGCAAAACAUAUUUCAGGGAAACAAUCGACCACCUGAACUUCGACUCGAAGUACGUCGGGAAGGGAGUGACCUACAAGCACACCGUGAUCGAGAUGGACCCGAAUCCGAUUAAAACGGCGCUGAACGUCUGCAAGUUCCUAAUCGCGGAACAAGUGUAUGCUGUGGUGGUCUCGCAUCCUCUUACGGGGGACCUGUCGCCGGCAGCUGUUUCUUACACCUGCGGAUUUUACCAUAUACCUGUCAUCGGUAUAUCGUCGAGGGACUCCGCGUUCUCGGACAAAAAUAUCCAUGUCUCCUUUCUGCGAACGGUGCCGCCGUACUCGCACCAGGCGGACGUCUGGGUGGAGCUGUUGAAACACUUCAACUACAUGAAGGUGAUCUUCAUACACAGCUCCGAUACCGAUGGCCGUGCUCUGCUCGGCAGAUUCCAGACCACCUCGCAGAAUUUGGAGGAUGACGUAGAAAUUAAGGUCCAGGUGGAGUCGAUCAUCGAGUUCGAACCGGGCCUGGUGAGCUUCACGCAACAGCUGAUGGACAUGAAGGACGCGCAGGCCAGAGUCUGUCUACUAUACGCUUCGAAAACCGACGCGAGCGUGAUCUUCCAAGACGCCGCCGCCCUGAACAUGACCGGCGCCGGAUACGUAUGGAUCGUGACGGAGCAAGCCUUAGACGCGACGAACGCACCGGAAGGUCUUCUCGGCUUGAAAUUAAUUAACGCAGAGAAAGAGAAGGCACACAUCGAGGACAGCCUGGUGGUCCUGUUGUUCGCUCUGAGAGCGAUGAACGCCUCGGAAGAGAUCACCGAAGCGCCGAAGGACUGCGGUGGAUCCGGAUCGAUUUGGGAAACCGGGAAACGGUUAUUCCAAUACAUCCGCAAGGAAGUGCUGACGGACGGUAAAACCGGAAGGGUGGCGUUCGACGACAACGGGGACCGAAUCUUCGCCGAAUACGACAUCAUCAACAUCAAAGAGAACGGCGAACGUGUCUCCGUGGGACAAUACUUUUAUCCGACCAACGGUACCAAGAUGAAGCUGAGGGUGAACGAGUCGAACAUAACGUGGCCCGGUCGGCUGCGUACCAAACCGGAGGGUUUCAUGAUCCCGACGCACUUAAAAGUGCUCACCAUCGAGGAGAAGCCGUUCGUCUACGUUCGCGAGAUCGCAGACAGUGAAUCCUGUCUGCCGGACGAGAUUCUGUGCCCCCACUUCAACGCCACGGAGCACGAACGCACGAAAUCGUUCUGCUGCAAGGGCUACUGUAUGGAUCUGUUGAAAGAGCUAUCGAAGACCAUCAACUUCACUUACAGCUUGGCCCUGUCCCCCGACGGACAGUUCGGCAGUUACGUCAUCAAAAACAGUUCAGUGGGAGGGAAGAAAGAGUGGACAGGACUCAUAGGCGAGCUGGUCAACGAAAGAGCGGACAUGAUCGUCGCCCCUUUAACGAUCAAUCCCGAACGGGCGGAGUUCAUCGAAUUCAGCAAACCGUUCAAGUACCAGGGUAUCACUAUCCUCGAGAAGAAGCCCUCGAGAUCGUCGACCCUGGUGUCGUUCCUGCAACCGUUCAGCAACACGCUAUGGAUACUGGUGAUGGUGGCGGUGCACGUGGUGGCUCUAGUUCUGUACCUCCUCGACCGGUUCUCGCCUUUCGGGAGGUUCAAGCUAGCAAACACCGACGGCACCGAAGAGGACGCCCUGAACUUGUCCAGCGCCGUGUGGUUCGCCUGGGGAGUUCUGCUGAACAGCGGCAUCGGAGAAGGCACUCCCAGAAGCUUCUCCGCCCGCGUGUUGGGUAUGGUUUGGGCGGGAUUCGCGAUGAUUAUCGUGGCCUCUUACACCGCCAACUUGGCUGCGUUCUUGGUGCUGGAACGACCGAAGACCAAAUUAACCGGAAUCAACGACGCUCGUCUGAGGAACACCAUGGAGAAUCUCACGUGCGCAACGGUGAAGGGCUCCGCCGUGGACAUGUAUUUCCGUCGACAGGUCGAGCUGUCGAACAUGUAUCGCACCAUGGAAGCGAACAAUUACGACACCGCCGAGGAAGCCAUCAGGGACAUCAAAAUCGGGAAACUGAUGGCCUUCAUCUGGGACAGCUCCCGGUUGGAAUUCGAAGCAGCGCAAGACUGCGAGCUGGUGACUGCCGGUGAACUGUUCGGACGGUCUGGUUACGGGAUCGGCUUGCAAAAGGGCUCUUUAUGGGCGGACGCUGUGACAUUGGCCAUUCUGGAUUUCCAUGAAAGCGGCUUUAUGGAGAGCCUCGACCACCACUGGAUUCUCCAGGACAACAUACAGCAAUGCGAGCAAUCCGAUAAGGCACCGAAUACACUCGGUCUGAAGAACAUGGCCGGUGUGUUUAUAGUUGUCGGGGUGGGCAUCAUCGGUGGUAUCGGUCUGAUCAUAAUCGAGGUCGCGUACAAGAAGCAUCAGAUCCGCAAGCAAAAGAAGAUGGAACUGGCCAGACACGCGGCGGACAAAUGGAGGGGAGCGAUCGAGAAACGGAAGACUCUACGAGCUUCGAUAGCAGCCCAACGAAGAAUUCAAAGCAACGGCCUAAACGAUCCUACCACCGUGAGCCUAGCGGUGGACACAGUAGCUAGAUCGAGCAUAACUCCGCGAAGUCCUGGCCGUGCCUGGCCAGGAGACAGCGAUAUACGUCAACGACCAAUCGUUCGCUCAGAUGAUAUCAGACUAUCACCCGCCGCGUACACAGCGGAUGUUUCACAUCUAAUAGUGUGAGCGAAUCGAUUUUUUAUAGAUUAC